AUGACCUCGACUCAAGUGGCUAUUGACACGCCUCGGCCGGCCUCCAUUCCCUCGCCCUUGGACGUCAAGACACGAACGGCGGCAAUGGAGUCCAUCGAGGACAUCUUAUACGGAUCGGUCGCCGGCAUUGUUGGCAAAUACAUCGAGUACCCAUUCGACACGGUCAAGGUCCGGCUACAGUCGCAGCCAGACCACCUUCCUCUACGCUACAAGGGUCCUCUGGACUGCUUCCGCCAGUCCAUCAAGGCAGAUGGCGUUCUCGGGCUGUACCGCGGUAUCAGUGCGCCCCUCGUGGGCGCAGCGGCCGAGAACAGCAGCUUGUUCUUCUUUGAACGGAUAGGGAGGGAGACCCUGUUCAAGACCGGGUUCUGCCCCCGCGACGAGCCUAUGCCCUUGCCGGCGCUGUUUCUCACCGGCGCCUUCUCGGGGAUCUUCACAUCAUUUGUCCUGACGCCCAUUGAACUCGUCAAAUGCAAAAUUCAAGUGCCGGAACAUGAGGCCGGUGCGGUCAGAAGGGCGCCUCUCAAACCGCUGAGCGUUGUCAAGGAGAUCUUCCGACACGACGGAUUCCUCGGUUUCUGGCACGGUCAGAUGGGGACGCUUAUCCGAGAGGCGGGAGGCUGUGCGGCAUGGUUUGGCUCUAAGGAGACCACUUCCAAGUUCUUCAUGAACCAGAAUUUGAAGAAGGCCAAAACGCAGGCACAGAGAGAUGAGAUGCUGGCCAACCCCUUGCCAUUGUGGCAGCAGGCACUGGCGGGCGCCUCUGCUGGCGUGGCCUACAACUUCCUGUUCUUCCCCGCAGACACGAUCAAGUCACGCAUGCAGACAAGCCCCACUGACGGGUCGACCUUGAGAAGGUCGUUCUGGGCGGAGGCGGUUGCACUGUGGCAGCAGGCGGGGCUGAGGGGUUGUUAUAGAGGGUGCGGCAUCACAUGCUUACGGUCAGCACCGAGCUCGGCGUUCAUUUUCAUGGUCUUUGAUGGGUUGAAGAAGUACGUGCCGCUUUCAUGA